AUGGAUGCACUCGCAAAAGAUCUUGCGGCAAAGACGGCAGUUGCAGACGACGCUACGCCUGGCACUGGUUCUGCGCAGAAAGUAACCCCGUGGGAUGUGGAAGGCGGCUUUGUCGAUGGCAAGCAAGUUUCGAUUGACUACAACAAACUCAUUUCCGAGUUUGGCACGAAACCAAUCGACGCAGCGUUACUGGAGCGCUUCGAGCACGUCACCGGACGUAGGCCGCACCCACUCUUGCGCCGCGGAGCAUUUUUCAGUCACCGCGAGUUGGACCUGAUUCUCACUCGGUACGAGCAGCAAAAGCCGUUUUACCUGUACACUGGCCGUGGCCCGAGCUCGGAUUCCAUGCACCUUGGCCACCUAAUCCCUUUUAUGUUCACACAGUGGCUCCAGGAUGUAUUUGACGUGCCGCUUGUGGUUCAGCUUACAGAUGACGAGAAGUUCUUGUUCAAGUACAACUUGACGAUUGAGGAUGUAAAAAAGUUUGCAUACCAAAACGCAAAAGACAUUAUUGCAUGUGGGUUCAAGCCAGAGAAGACAUUUAUUUUCUCUGAUCUUGACUACGUGGGCGGUCAGUUCUACCAAAACGUGGUGCGCAUUGCCCGCUAUAUAACCGUCAACCAAUCCAAAGGCACGUUUGGGUUUACGGAUAGCGACAGCAUCGGCAAGCUUCACUUUGUCGCAAUUCAGGCCGCGCCUUCCUUCUCUAAUUCCUUCCCCAACAUUUACGGCACGCGCUCUGAUAUUCCCUGUCUGAUUCCCUGCGCGAUUGACCAGGAUCCCUACUUCCGCCAAACCCGCGAUGUUGCCGUGCGGCUCAAGUAUCCCAAGCCAAGCCUAAUUCACUCAAAGUUCUUUCCCGCGUUGCAAGGCUCGCAGACAAAGAUGAGUGCGUCGAACGAGACGUCGAGCAUAUUCAUGACCGACACGCCCAAUCAGAUCAAGAACAAGAUUAACAAGCACGCAUUCUCUGGCGGGCAAGAGACGCUGGAAGAGCAACGCCGUUUGGGCGGCAACCCCGACGUUGACGUAAGUUUUCAGUACCUUACCUUUUUUUUGGACGACGACGCAGAGAUUGCAGAGAUUGCCGACGAUUACCGCGCCGGCCGUUUGCUUACAGGGGAACUUAAAAAACGCUGCAUUCAGGAGCUGCAGCGCGUUGUUGGCGAAUUCCAAACGCGCAAAGCACAAGUUACCGACGAAACGAUCCGCCAUUUCAUGGAUCCCCACCGCAAAAUUGACGGCACCCCCCCCUUGCCAAGCGGCGCAGCAGCACUGCCUUUGUAG